GGCAGCUCGAACGAUAUGCCCACCUUGUCAUCGCGUUCGUCCGACUUGACCAAGCGACGUCGGCCGACGGCGUACGAAAUCGGCUAAGGCGGCCGCGGAACCGCGCUGAAAACACUCGCCCUCGAUGUCUCGUUUCGCCAAUCGCAUCCAUCGACGCCACAUGUAUUUGGCCAAUCAAACGCCGCCACACCGCAGCCUUUCUUGCUGGAAGAUCGCCAGUUGCCGUUUGCCGUUGACAUCACCAUGGCGAGUCAAGGCCGCUUCAAGGUGCUCCAAAGCCUCAACGCCUUGUCAUCGGCCGGGAAAAAGUCGACGUUGUACACUGCCGAGACGGCCAAGGGCGCGUUACAAGGCUUUGCCGCCCACGCGGCCGAGGCCCGCGGCCCGCUACCGCCGUUCACGGAGGCGUCGGCGCUUGCCAAAGUCAAGGCCGCUGAGAACGGAUGGAACUCUCGCGAUGCCAACAAGGUGGCCCUUGCGUACACGCCCGACACGGUCUGGCGCAACCGCGAUACCAUAUUUGUCGGACGGGACGCCGUCGUUGCCUUCUUGCAAGACAAGUGGGCGCUCGAGACCAACUACAAGCUUGUGAAGCAUCUCUGGUGCCACGACAAGAACCGUAUUGCCGUCCGGUUUACGUACGAGUUUCAGCGCAUCGCGGACGGACAGUGGUUUCGCUGCCACGGCAACGAGCUCUGGCAGUUUGACGACUUGGGCCACAUGCAACACCGCGACAUGAGUGGCAACGACAUCCCGAUCGACGAAGCCGACCGUCUUUUCCGUGAUUAGGCCAGAACACAAUAGACCCUAAUCGCGAUGACGAUGCUGCGUUUCUAUUCGGGAGCUACGUCAUUGCUGCAAGGGCAGAGUGCGACACGAAGAGCUCGACGAUCCUUGCAAAUCCUCGCAAGCUUGUUUGGGAAGGCAGGUGCCCAUAAGAUCAAUAAGACAUCUCUUAUUGACCGUUGUAUAA